UUGUGAGUGAGGUUCCCCCUUUCGUGGACACUUCAUAGGGUUCCACCGAGGACAAAGGAACGGAUGCGAGCAAAGGCGAGCGAAAGAGCGGUCGAUGCUUGCUCAUGAGCAUCAAGAGACUUGCUCGGGAGCAAAAUCUCGGGCUAAAUCCGCUUAGCGCACAAAAUUGAGUCGUGAGUCGUGAUUUUUCAGUCCUACAUCAAAGUUGUAGGGGAUGAUGCGACCUUCUGAGCAUCCUUUUCCAUUUGAGUCGGACUUGGUCAUGUCACCACCUUGAGUUUGUUUUCCAAGGGAUUCAUUGCAUAAUCCAACUGUCGACAAACGACACUUCACACCUAAGGCGAAGUGCUCAAAACCGUGUGCCAAGCCAGCCAUUGUGACAGAGGUUCUUGAAGUUGUGACGCUCUCAGACAUGAGUGGACAAACGAGGCCCCAAGAAUUUGUCCCGUUCUUUCUGGAUUCUGGCCGAUUGUGUCAGAAUUCCCUGGACUAGGCAAUGAGAAAACUCUAGCAUUGACUCUCUUGCUACAAUAGCUACUACUGGAGCUGUGUCAGAACCUUGAACGGGUUGGAUCACUAGCUCUGUUGUGCCAUAUCUGCUAGUUACUGUAGUUGCGGCUGUUCCAUUAACACGUAUUGCGUACCAGCAUAAUGAAACCUUUAGAACUGAUCGCACCUCUGAUGUGCUGCUUCGCUCUCUGAAGUUCGAAUUGGCUUCCCAAUCAAUCGACGACAAACCUGACAAUCUAUUGUGAGUCUGUGCAAUCUGGUGUGGAACCUUAUCAAAUUAUCAGAUCAGAUUCGAUUUCAUUGGAUCAAGUGGAAAAGAAGCAUUCUGUCUGGUCUAGGGGCGGGCUAUGGCACCCACGCCACCAUUGGUCCAAGGUGGGACGUAUCAGUUGGUGGUUGUGGUGGAUCCACCUCGAUCUGAACCCAGUGUGCUUAGCCCGAAUUUGGGAUAUUCGUUCAAUGAAGAGGUUAAUCUUACCAAUAUCAACGAGACAAUAGAUCACCAUGAAUCGCCCUAUCCGACGACAAAGUCAGUUUCAGAGGCCGUUGGACUGAUUCUAAUCUGUCUCUUGGGUGUUGUGGGCAAUCUACUCAUCGCAUUUACCCUUCUUCGAAGGAAACAACUCAAAUAUCCUUCCAAUCGCCUGGUAUUAAGUCUCAACCUAAGCAGUGUCCUCUUUUGCGGGUGCAUUCUCCCCUUCAGUAUUUCCAUAGCGUUGUCCAGAAAUCCAUCAAUAUGGAAAUUCGGUCAUUUCUGGUGUCAGAUUGUGGGGUUCCUGUCCCUCCUGUUUAGUGUGGCAGGUGCCCCCACCAUUGCUUUCAUUGCCAUAGACAGAUAUGUGGCCAUUGUUCGUCCAAUGGUCUACACCAAUAUCAUCACAGUACCAAGAUCUUCGACCAUGGCGGUGGCAGCUUGGAUUUUCGGCCUCUUUGUGGCUUUUCCGCCUCUCUUUGGCUUUGCCAGUUUUCCAUGGACCCACACAAAUGUGCCCGGCUGUGGACCCGAGGACCUCAUAUUACUUGGGUUGUCCUUGUGGCUUCGUCGGUACAAACACGAGUUUGGGCACAAGCAAGUGCAAUGGAGAGCAGGGAAUGCCGUCCGACCUUCAAACUUCUCCAAGAUCGUUAAUUUCCAAGGUUCACGUGAAUCCAUAGCCAUGAAAGUUCUGGACCUGCUUCGUACUUGACAGUCUUCUUAACGUUUACUUGCCAUUUGAAAGCCUCAAAUGUGCUUUUCCAUCGUCAAGUUUUGAGGGAUUACUCAAGAGUUGUCGUCGUCGAAGUCGAGUAAGUUCCUCACCUUUGACUGCGAAGCGGGGUGGCCUUUCGCCUCCGACACACUUGAAAUUAGAGAGCGAAACCGAAUGCAAGUGCAUUGGAUUAAAACAUGAUUUAUCUUGUAAAAAGGAAGUAAUUGAAAAAGGCUUUGCUUCAUGCAUCAUACUUAAAUUCACAAACUCAAUGGGGUUUUGACCUGAUUGAUUGAGUUUUGAUAGUUGCCUAGUUCACAGACUUGGGAAAGGACUUGCUCGAGUAUAGCAACUCAUUCACUUUUUAUAACCAGUCAGGCAGGACAUUUACGCAAGCAGGCAUUCACCCAUUUUUCUGAAAUUGUUCAGACCAUUCUAAUCAACUCAAAAGAUUGUAAGGAGCAAUUAUGAUUUUUUUUCUUAUUAUUCUUUAUUUUCUUCUCAAGUCCCUACAAACACAGUUAACGGCGACUAACACCUUGAACUGACUGAAAUUAUUCCACUUUUUGUUCACACAAAAACGUUCCCUCUAUUCCUAAUGCUUUACUGUGCCAGAGUAGCACGUCCGGAUCAUACUCGUGCUUCCCAAAGCAAAGCAUGAUCUGUGUUUUGUUUCCCGUGGGUGCAUUCGAAAUGUUUCUUCCUCUGACUUAAUGCUCCAGUUAAUCUUGCCCUACCCAAAAAGACCAAGUUCAACGUUUGCUCUUGGCCAUUAUUUGUGCCUUUGGACGUGAUAUUUGUGCAUUGCAAAGCCUCUAUUGGGGCACCAGUGAUUUAAUUCAAUCGAUUUCCCCAUUUUCCUCAUUUAACGAUCCAAUGCGGAUGGGAAACCCACACCACCUGCUCGCAUAGAGAUGUAAAACGAGAGUUGGCAUUCCCUUUGGAGAGGCUGAAAAACAGGCAGAUCAAUUAGGGUGGGCCACGGUACUGUAUUUGACAAUUGUAGUUGAUUUAUUGACAACUCUCACAAUGUUUCGGAAAGGAGGGAACCCAAAAUAAAUUACCUUUUCACUGGACAUAAUUGCAUAUUCGAAAAGCA